AUGCCUGCUUCCAAAGGGACAAAAGAUUCUACCCAGGACUCCUCCUUAGACCCAGCAGAUGAGCUCCCACCACACCAUAAUUCUCUUUCUAAUGAAGCCUCUGUAGCAACUGUUCCCUUGGCCCCUCCACCUUUGAUGUCCUCCUGCCUGAGGAGCCCAGGAAGGGACAUCCUCACAAACUUGGUGGCUAUGCUUUCCUUCUCCCCUCAUAUAUGCUUCCAUCCAAACUCACCUGCUGCUCCCCUGAUCCUCACCCUUACCUUAGGACCAUCCCCUAUUCCAUCUGCCAGUGCAUUCCCAUUACCCCCUUCCAAGGUGGACCCUACCAUCUGGGAUGUUUCCAGUCCUUCUAUCUCCUCACACCGGGAGGAGUCAUGUAAAGAACAACUUUCCGUGAAGAGACAUUCAGCAUACCAUGCCCCGGCAGGAAGUUCCUUUAAAUUGGAAUGCCCUGUCAAAUACUGUGCUAAGAGACCCAAUAUAACUUGGUGCAAAUUCAAUGGAACACAGUGUUCUCAACUUGGAGAUAGACUUCAGCCACACACAAGUUGGGAAGAAAGGCAGAAUAUUUCAGUAUUUUCUCUACAUUUCGAACCAGUGCUUCCUAGCGACAAUGGCUCAUAUAGCUGUCGUGCGAAUUUUUCGUCUUUUUUCUCUCCAAGUCAUUCAAUAAUCCUUUAUGUGACAGAACAGACCAGAAAUAAUUCAGAACAACCUCAAAUAACACUGACUAACAUUCCAGAUGCACCAACUGCCUCAGGACCACCCUCAAAGGAAGAGGUGGCAGACAAGCUGUGGCUCCUCUACAGUCUGCUUUCUGUGGGAGGAUUGUUUCUCUUCAUCAUUGCCUGUUUCUGCUUGUUCUGCUACCUAAAAAGGCAUCAAGGGAAACAAAAGAAGUCUUCUGAUAUAGAAGGAAGGGAAAUUAACCUGGUGGAUGUCUCUCAGCCCUUGAGGAGUGAUCAAGCUGAAGUGAGCAUCAGACAAAAUUCCCAAACUUUGCCAUCCCAAACUGAAAUUUAUGAUAAUGACUCCUUGUUCAGGAUAAGAGAAGGCUCUGAAGUUUAUUCUAACCCAUCCCUGGACGAAAACAAACAGGGAAUCGUUUAUGCUUCUCUGAAUCAUUCUAUCAUUGGUAUGAACCUAAGACAAGCAAGACCAGUGCAAGAAGCACCAACAGAAUAUGCUUCAGUAUGUGUGCGGAGUCAAAGCCGGUCCUGAUACCAACCAGCCAAAUGAUGGGCCUGUCAUCUCCUCUGGCCCUAACAGUUUGCCAAAUAUUCAUCAACUUGGGAAUUUUCACUUCAAGGUGGUUUAUGGUGGUGCUUGUGUCUUAAGGGUCCAUAGAACAUAUGAUCAGAAUUCCUCCUGAUAACUUCUUUGGGAGAAUUUUAUAUUAUAGCCUUGAACAACAAAAUCUUCUCUCCAAAACUGUUUCAUAUUGUCAAUAGCACAAUAGUAGAACAUUUAAACUCAGCUAUAUUUUACCCAAUAUAUAAACUCAAUAUUUCCUUUGAGGCUAUCAGAGAGACUUGUGGAGAAGAGAGGUUUGUAUUAUCUGGAUCAAUUCACUACACACUCUUGAAAAGGAAAGAAUGUGCUAUUUUGAGUAACUAUAAAUAUAGUCAUUGUGUGUUACCAGUCAAUAUUCUGUAAUUAGAAAUUUUUAUUUGUCAAUCUAAAGCUAUUGUUUCUUACAUAUAAAGGAGAAAUAAAAUUUUAGACUUGACAUAAACAAAGAAUGGAAAGAAUAGGUGCAAUACAGGUAUAUAAUAUCCCAACUGGAUGUGGGGUAGAUAUUCCCUACGCCUGGCAAGCAAACGCUUAAAUCUACCCUGUUGGAUUGUGAAGCAAAUAUAUAGGUAUUUAUGGAGCAACCAAUGUAUAGUAUUUUAUGAGCAAGACAGUGACUUGGUGUUUGGGUCAUGUGGUAUCAGGUAUGUGAAUGUGACAUAAUGCUGCUGAUUUAAUAUACUCGUGGGCAUCUGAAUAGACCUAAAAAGCAAUGACAACAGGUAUUAUCAGGCAAGUGACAACUGAACUUUUAACUCUCUCAUUCUUGACCUGACAAUAAUAAAAGGGACAAGUAAUGGAAUGGAACGUUAGAAUAACAAGUUGGUCUGUAGGGGUCGACAUACUUUCAUUAACAUCUGUAACUUGGCUGUUUUUAGGAAGGAAACAGUGCAAAUCAUAUGCUUUGAAGCAUUACAGUUUGACAACCAUUUGUUAAAAAUACUGAGAUUGCAACCAAUUAGGAGGAUUUCAGAUUUCAGAUUUUUAGAAUUUCUGGAAUACUUGAGUCUAAUUAUUUAAGCAGUAGCCUGCAACUUGAUUCAACAGUUGAGAUUAGUGUUCUUGGGUGCUGCUACUAAAUAAUGAAGAAGUCCUGGUACAAAGUGGAUGGCAAACAUUAGGAUCCACUUGAACAAACAUGUGAGCUGCUGAACAAAUGAAUGUGGUCUGUGUGUGUGUGCGUGUGCGCAUGUGUGUGUUUUAUUGUAGAGAGAGGCAGGUGACUUACGGAAAUAGUGCAAAAGAAAUUGAUCAAAUUGGCUUUCCAUUUUUAGUUUGCUGAUGAAACACCGAAUACUAGAAUGAGUUAUUAAAUAAAAUAAUCCAUACAAAAUUAUGACAGUGGGAGUGUGAGUAGAGAACACACACAAAGACAAACAUGAGGUUUUAUGAUGAAGCUUUUUUUACACAAUGCUCAUGUUAAUUUUAGUUCUGUGGAUUUGGUUUUUUAGUCAACAUUAUUUAGCCAGUUUGAUAACAUUAUAUAUCUAGAAUUUUAAGCAACCAUUUCUAGGUAGGUUCUUUUCACCAAGCUACAUUUGUGGGCAAUUUAUGUAAAAAAGAAUAGUGACUAGUUGUGAUCUUAAAAAUAGAAACCGGAAGCAUGGGAGGAUGCAUGCAGCUGCCUUCUUAUCAGAUGAACACACAGAGUUGAACGGUUCUUUCAUAAAUUCCUUCCAAUUUAAAAACAAGUAUAUUUCCAUCACUGUAUUUAAAAUAUUCUUAAUACAUCUUACAAUCAAAGAUAAUGUUGGGAGUGACUUCAUCUCUAUCAAUGAUUUAUUCUUAUAUUUGUACCAUGCUUGUCAAAAUCACAAUUCAUUUAUGCUUCUAUUCAUUCUUAGUAAAAAAUAUCAGAGAGAUAUAUGUAAUAAAUCUAUUUUAGUAUUGUUCCAUGAUUAUUUCAUUAAUUUAUACAUAGUAU